CGGAAAUGUGCCAACCUAACCAUAAACAAUUUCGUAUUUCAGCAUUAUUUUUCUACCUGUGAUAAAUAUGAGAAAACCCUUUAUUCUCGGGCUACUGUGGACCAUUAACAUUGCAUCUGCAGUCACUCAUUCCUAUCAGUACUUUUACACGGCGACAGCAGGAAUAAAAGGAUUUCCUGAGUUUGUAGCAGUGGGGAUGGUGGAUGGAGAGCAGAUCAGCUACUAUGACAGCAGCUCUAAGCAGCUCAUCCCUCGGCAGGAGUGGGUGAAAAAAGCAGUGGAUGUGGAGUUUUGGGAGAGAAACACACAGGUUUUCUUGAACACACAAGUGUCCUUCGAGGCCAGUGUAGAGAUUGCAAUGCAGCGUUUCAACCAAAUUGAUGGUGUCCACACUCUACAGAAAAGGUACGGCUGUGAGUGGGACAGUGAGACUGGGACCACAGACGGGUUUGAACUGUAUGGGUACGAUGGGGAAGACUUCAUUGCAUUUGACAUGAAGAACAUGAGGUGGAUCACUCCUUCACCACAGGGAGUUACCACUAAAAGCAAGUGGGACAGAGACAGAAUUUUGAAUGAAAUGAGGAAGAGCUACCUGACCCAGAUCUGCAUUGAGUGGCUGAAGAAGUACGUGGGCUACGGGAGGAGCACUCUGGAGCGCAAAGUCCCUCCUGAGGUCUCUCUGCUCCAGAGGGACCCCUCCUCUCCUGUCACCUGUCUUGCCACUGGUUUCUUUCCUGAAGGAAUCGUGGUGUCCUGGCAGAAAGAAGGAGAGGACCUGCAUGAGGACGUGGAGCUGGGAGAGACGCUGCCCAACAAUGACGGAACAUUCCAGAAAACGUCUCGCCUCAGAGUGAAGCCUGAAGACUGGAAGAAAGACACCUACACCUGCACUGUGCAGCAUAAGUGUCUGAAGGAGGAUAUUGUGAAGAGAGUGUAUGAGGAGGAGAUUAGGACUAACCACGGCUUUGUUCCAAGUGACAGUAAGUCUGUUUACUCCAGUGUUUUAAUCUGA